GUAGUCAGCAGUGGAUCUCACUCGAAUUGCACCGCAGUGUGAGAAAAAUCGGACAACCAUCAACUUUCACUCAUAUAGUUGUGAACGUGGGAAUGCUGUCGCGGGUAAUUUAACCUUUUCCACAAGGAGAACCAGUGGAUUUCCCGCGGAAACAUGCGUGUUUGAAACUUUAACGACCUUUUAAAUGUCUUCAGUUGGACCUUUUUACUUGGAGAGCAACAUGCCGGAGCAUAUCAGCAUUUCGGACUUUGUUGCUCUGACAAACGAGGACUUGGCAUCACCGACUACCUCGAUUUUUCAGUCCAAAAUGAGUGAAUGUCGGAACACUGUUUCGGCAGUCGAAGAGUCAAUGGAGAUGGACCAGAGCACCUUACAGAGGAUGAAGAAGAUGGUCAAGGCUAUCCACAGCUCUGGAAUCGGUCACGCAGAGAACAAGGAGCAGUACAUCGACGUGCUGGAGAACCUGGGGAACAGUCACCUGACCCAGGACAACAACGAGGUGUCCACUGGGUUCCUGAACCUGGCUGUCUUCACCAGGGAGGUCACCGCACUCUUCAAGAACCUGGUCCAGAACCUGAACAACAUCAUCUCCUUCCCCCUGGAGAACGUCCUGAAGAGUGAGCUCAGAGACAGCAGACUGGAGCUGAAGAAACAGUUGGAGAAGAGCUGGAAGGACUAUGACAUCAAAGUUGGGAAACUGGAGAAGGAGAGGAGGGAGAAGAGUCGGCAGCUGGGCCUGAUCAAGACUGAGGGAUACAACGUGACGGAGGACAUGGCGCGAGAGAGGAGGACCUUCCAGCUGCAGAUGUGUGAGUACUUGCUAAAGAUCCAGGAACUGAAGGUGCGCCAGGGUCCAGACCUGCUCCAGAGUCUCAUCAAGUACUUCCAGGCCCAGCUCAAUUUCUUCCAGGACGGCUUAAAAGCUGCCGAGAACCUUAGUCCUUUUGUGGAGAAGCUGGCUUCGUCUGUCCACACGGUACGACAGGACCAGGAUGAGGAAGUGAGACAGCUCUCUCAGCUACGAGACUCCCUUAGGCUGCUGCUACAGGUGGAGGGGAAAGAAGAAUACCUGAACAGAAAGAACUCGGGCAACGGAUACAGCAUACACCAACCUCAAGGCAACAAGAAGUACGGCACAGAGAAGUCAGGCUUCCUACAGAAGAGGAGUGACGGGAUUCGGAAGGUGUGGCAGAAGAGGAAGUGCGGAGUCAAGUACGGCUGUCUGACCAUCUCCCACAGCACGAUAAACCGACCACCGGCUAAGCUCAACCUUCUGACCUGUCAGGUGCGCCCCAACCCCGAGGAGAGAAGGACCUUUGACCUGGUCACACGCAAUCGGACCUACCAUUUCCAAGCCGAGGACGAGCAGGAAUGCAUGAUUUGGGUGUCAGUGCUGCAGAACAGUAAGGAGGAAGCCCUGAACACGGCGUUGGGCGGCGACCAGCUGCAGUUCCAGGACUCCGGGCUGCAAGAGCUGGCCAGGGCCGUCAUCACCGAACUCAGACGCAUGCCCGGCAACGAGGCCUGCGCCGACUGUGGAGCCCACGAUCCUACCUGGCUCUCCACUAACCUGGGCAUCCUGACAUGCAUAGAGUGUUCUGGGAUCCACAGGGAGUUGGGAGUCCAUUACUCCAGGAUCCAGUCCCUCACACUGGACAUGCUAAGCACCUCAGAACUACUGCUGGCGGUCAGUAUAGGCAACACACGGUUCAAUGACAUCAUGGAGGCCAGUCUUCCCAAUGAUUCCAUCAAACCUCUACCCCAGAGUGACAUGAAUGCCAGGAAGGAGUACAUUGUGGCUAAGUAUGCCGAGCGGCGCUACGUGCUGCGCAGGGACAGGGAGGAGGGUGAGCCGUGGCGUGUGUAUGAUGCCGUGAGGAACCGGGACCUCGCCGCCCUGCUGCAGUUAUACGCCCAGGGAGAGGACCUGGCCAAACCGCUAGCACAGCCUGAAGGACAGGAUCUGAGAGAGACGGCUCUUCACUUGGCUGUCAGGCUGGAGGACAGGAGUUCUCUAUCCCUGGUGGACUUCCUCAUUCAGAACAGUGGCUGUCUAGAGAAGAGGACUCGAGAGGGGAACACUGCUCUACACUACAGCGCCCAGCACCACAAAACAGAGUGCCUCAAACUGCUGCUCAAAGGAAAGGCUGUUCUCCAUACAGUGAACUCAUCAGGAGAGACAGCCCUGGACAUCGCCAGGAGACUGCAGCACUCCCAGUGUGUAGAACUGCUGGAGCUGGCCCAGAGUGGGAAGUUCAACAGUCAAAUCCAUGUGGAGUACAUGUGGGAGACACAGAGCCAGGACCUGUAUGACAGCGAAGAUGAACUGGAUGAGAGGGUACACACACACACACACACACGCGAACACACACCUAGCGAAGACGACCUGGAAGAGCGGGUGAGCCUCUUACCCAGGAACCUGCGCUCGUCUCUGCCCUAUAACGUGGGCGCCUCGCCCUCCCGCUGGAGCUUCGCCAACGCCCCUGUGGCGUGUAAGACCUACGAAAAUGUGGACUUCUUGUACCGUAACCCCCCCGCCAACAGUGCCCCAUCUGGCGUCCUUAAGCCCCCACCGCCGCUGCCCGCUAAAGCCAUCAUGAGAGGCCGCUCGGACCCCCAGAUAUCCGUGUCCACCCAGGACGGGGGCCGCAAAUCCCCCCGGCGCUGCUGCUCUAACCCUGCCCCCCAGUCCAGCCCCCCGUCCCCCAUGUUGGAGGGUCAGGCCCAGGGGGGGCGGCCACCAAGAUCACCCCACGGCCAGGGGGGUCAGGUGAGGGGACAGAGACCGACCGCAGCAUGGGAGGGUCAGGCUAAUAGUGGCUCAUGGUCUGGGGCCUUAGACAGCAGCACCAAGUCCAGCUCCCCUCAGAACCACAUAGGACCCGUCAGCUCAGAGAAGACGACAUCGUACAGGAGGACCAAUAGUGGAGGACAAGGGAAGUGUUCCACAGCCGGGACCUCUCCCAGCUGUGUGGCACUUGGCAGUCAGGAGGAGCUCUACUGCAGCUUCGUGACUAACGACUCCGCCCCCGGCUCCACACCUUCAGCCACACCCACCACCUCGCCCAUCACUGUGCCCGCCCCGCGCCCUCGCAGAAAUGCCAUGGUAUCUAAGAGCCGGCCGACACAGAAGAAGGUAAAGGCGCUGGUGGACUGCAGAGCUGUCAGCUCGGACCAGCUGGCCUUCUUCAAGGAUGAGGUCAUCGUAGUCACAGCCACCGAGGACCCCCACUGGUGGGUUGGCCACAUCGAGGGCUAUCCAUCCAGAAGUGGGACAUUCCCAGUGAACUAUGUCCAUAAACUAGAGGACUGACUAGCCAUGGAAUAACCCUACGCCCUUACGCCCUACGCACUACCCUAACGCUUACUGCACCACUUACCUGGGAAACCAAAAGGCUCUAACGAUAUUCUCAACUUUGAUGUGUUGUGAUCCAAGGGCUAUAUAAUCUGCAUACACUCAAUUGUAUAUACAGACGGUGCACUUAAGGAAGUCACUAUAAAAUGAAAGAGUGUAAUCUAGGCUUUAACUGAUCAAAGCACAGGGAGGAAUGCCACCCUAAAAGAAAAGCGGGAUGAGAAAAGCCUCCCUCCACCUUCGACCGCUCCAGUUGUAAAACAUACAAGUAUUAAAUGGUGUUUACCACAACUCACAGCUCGGAAAAUGAUAACUACAGUCCCAGCCACAUAACUGUUGGAGGAGCUAGAAUUGCUGCGUGUGCUUGUGCGUGCGUCGGCCUAUGUGUGUGAGCGUAACUGUUGGAUUACUUGUCAAUGGCAUACAUACUGUACUAUACUGGAGUCUGGAGAAGAGAGAACAUGUGCUUUAUAAGAGAGGAUGAAUAGCCUACGUUGUCCACUGCCUUCCUGGAAACUAAAGAGACUAGGAGAUUCAUGCCAUGUCAUUCACAGUUGUCGGGACUCUGAGCCAGAUGCAAUGAAUACCUGCUCAGUGACCGGUGGCGUUGAUGUCUGGGGCUGGAACGACCUGGAACUGAAAGCCAGACAAAGUGCCUUCGUGGCUGCCAGCCUGUCUCCCUGGGCCUCCGGGGCUCUCGGGCUGCCGCUCUGAAAUGGAACCCCAGCCCCUAAGCUGGUUUUGGGCCAGACUCCAGCACCGACUGGAGGUCUGGCUGGAGCCUGUGUGAUUCAGUUUCCUCCAGUCUCCAGAUGCAGAGGAGUCUCUACACAGUAUGCAUGGUUUGGCAGGGGACAGGAAGAGACUGUCACUGCAGUGAAAUACACAAAGCUGGAUAUUCAGUAGGCACCAAAUGGACUGAAACAGGAGAAGACUAAAUGAACUGAUCAAAUAAGAAAUGUUCGUAUGCGUUGCAAAAUGUUGUCUGUUACUUACUCUAAUGCACCAGGAAUCCGGCAGAAUACUGUCUCAAUACAAUUUCAUAAGCGCUUUUAAUGCCACUAAUAGGGAACAAAAGCUCAGUAUGAGAUCUGACUGUUAAGUGUCUUGUACAACUGGUUUAUCUGUCCACAAGUGAAACUAUGCCUGCUAUGGGGAUGAUGGGCUCUCGUAGGACAGACCACAAUACAACCCUUUUAGAGACGGGGAUCUGUAGCUUUUUGGCUGUGCAGGUGUUUCUACGCCUGUUUGCAUUCCUGUAGUUCGACAGGGGGUUAUUGAAGGUUUGCUUAGCGUUCUAUAGAUCGAGUCACUGCCAAUAAAUAUACAAGCAGAGAACUGCGUGAUCGCUUGAAUGUGCAUGGAUCCAGGGACGGACUGUAAAAUGAGGGCAAACCAUUGAGUGCACGUUGCACUCUGUUGUACAAAUGUAAAAAACCACAUCUGUUGUUGGAAACAUUUUAUAUACAACAGUUAUAUCACCCAGUGUUGUAAAAUUGCUGAGUAUCAGAUUCGAUGCAUUAUCUUUACAUACUGUACCAAACUUUCUCAUCUUCCCGCUACUCACGUGCUCUCAUGUAAAUGAUACUUGUUAGUUGUGAACAUCAAUUCAAUUCUAUAAACUUAUCUGUGCCAGUGGAGCAACGAGACAUGGGGUUUGGACUAGGUGGUAGCCCAAAGGGCCCAGUCAGUCUACAGUGCACUCUACUGACUCUACCCAACAGACAGAGGAAUGAGAGGUGUGUUGGAGACCCCCGGGCCCUAUAUACACUUUAAUUUGGACCGUGAGCUUGAAUAGGGCUGCGUCUUCUGUCAUUUUUCUUUUAUAGGUACUAUCGGAUCAGGGGUUGUGAGGGAGAGGAAGCAAGGGAAGAAAGCGAUUUGACAUUACUGGACUAAUGGAGUUUAUGGCGAGCUAAGUGAAGGCACUUGUUGUUCUUCCAUGUCUUCGUAUCGUUGACCAUCUAUAGAUCCCGAAUCGAUCUCGACGGUUGAGACAUUAUCACAUGGUUUCUGUGAAGUUCUAUCUUACGUUAUCAAUAUAAUGGAAUAUUUCUGUCAUUUCAUUAUUAGCAACUAUUUGUAAUAUAGUAUGUUUUGCACUCUUUGUCCUUUCCACAUGUGAUUUUUAAGCUCCACUAGCAAUCAUUAAAGAAGACUGUUAACAUCUGA